AUACUAAGGCACAAUGGUCUCCAAGGCAUUGGGUCUGAUAGCAGGGGCUGGAUUGAGCGUGGGGUACUUAGAAAGGACAUCAGACAGUAACUCUUGGUGGUCUUCGCUCACCUGUGUCCGCUUUAGUAGAGCAGCAAUAGCAGCCUUUCUGGUGUCUCUGGAUUACAAAUGGAGCCUCUCUUCCCUCAAGGAAACUGAGUACAAUGAAAUGAAAUCGCAUAUUCAUCGCAGAUCUGCUCAGAGACUGCUCAGAAUGUGUCGUAAGAAUGGUGGUUGUUAUAUAAAGAUAGGCCAGCAUAUUGGGUCUCUGGAGUAUCUCCUCCCGGCAGAAUAUGUGCAAACAUUCAAAGUGUUUCAUUCGAAUGCACCUCAAACUCCACUGGAUAGACUAAGAAAAGUAAUCCAGGAAGAACUUAAUGUGUCUGCCAGUGCAUUACUGACAGAUUUUGAAGGGGAGCCAUUGGGUGCUGCAUCACUAGCUCAGUGUCACAAGGCAGUGUUGAAAGAGACUGGAGAGGUAGUAGCUGUAAAGAUACAGCAUCCUGGAGUUAUGAAGAAUGCUUUGACUGACAUGGCUACCGUUGAUUUUUUAGUGUACUGUGCAUCAAAAGUGUUUCCCAGUUUUCAGUUUGGGUGGUUAGCUGAUGGUGUCCGUAAGAACCUUCCACAGGAACUUGAUUUUAGAAUUGAAGCACAGAACAUGGACAAAUGCUCUCGGUUAUUCAAUUUAAAUAAUAUUAACUUUGUCAAGAUUCCAAAGGUUCAUAUAGCUACAAAAAGAUUGUUAGUAAUGGAGUAUUGUGAAGGUGGUAAAAUAAAUGACAUUCAAUACAUUAAAGAUAAUAAAUUAUCAGUCAAUGAGAUCAGUCUGUGUGUGUCAGAGAUGUAUUCUCGUAUGAUUUACAGUUAUGGUUUCAUGCACUGUGACCCUCACCCUGGGAAUGUCCUCGUGAGAAGGAAGGAGGGAAGAGAGGGAGUAGGAGGAGGGAAGGGAAAUGUGGAAAUUGUUCUACUUGAUCAUGGACUCUAUCAGCAGUUGACAGAUGAUUUUAGGAUGACAUAUUGUAAACUGUGGGACGGUCUAAUGAGGAAAGAUAUGGAUGCCAUUAGGGUCCACUGUCUCUCUUUGAAUGCUGGGGAUUUAUACCCACUACUGGCCUGCAUGAUAUCAGCCAGGACCUGGAAUAGCAUUGAGAGAGGAAUAACUAAAGCUUCUAGAAGCAAUUCAGAAGUAGGAGAGAUUGGGACAGAAGUCGUCAACUAUUUCUCUGAGAUUACACAGUUGCUCGAUAAGGUUCCCAGUCAACUGCUACUUAUUCUUAAAACCAACGACUUGCUUCGUAGCAUAGACCACACUCUACAAUCUAGUAGCCACACCCAUUCAUUUAUCACAAUGUCCAAGGUCUGCAUAGAAACCAUCGGAGAAGAGGAUAGGAAGUGGGCGGAGUCACUGAGAAGAAGUGUGCAAGCUAUAAUGAUAACGAAAUGGAAGCUGUUCUUACUAUAUCUGUUUGAGUGGUGGGUGUGGCUCAGACCACACGAAUUUCAAUGACAGUUAUAGGAACAAAUACAACAAUAAUUAUUAUAAUCAAUAUUGUUAUUUAUUAUUUAUUUAUUUAAUUUAUUUUAUUAGUAUUAUGCAGCAAUCAAAGUUAUUACAGUGUAUUAUUUUAUUCAUUAUUAUCAUUGUUA